AUGCAAUGCCCUGAUAAGAAACUAGAACUUCUUAUUCCGGAAAGAGAGGGCACCGGUGCUGUAGAGAAACCUGGCGGUCUAUUCAAAUUCACCCUUGGAGUUUCUGAGGGCAUCCCUAGCCAGCCUCUUCUAUUGGAUGAACUUGCUUCGCCGAAAGUGGGAAAUGAGGCCACGGGCCUUCAGUACGAUAUAACCCUUACUCGUGGAUUGUCAAAAGCUACCCAGGCUUUCUUUAAAAGAGCUAUUGAAUGGAUUGCAGGCUGUCAGUUUUCGUGGUGGCCUCUAUCUGAGCCAGAGGAACCUGUGAAGCUUGGUUACACCAGGAUCCACUUCAUGUCUUCUACCCAACCAUCUCAGAGAGACCAACGCCUCUACGAUGACAUACCGACACCGUUAGCAGAGUCAGUGUUUCCAAGAAUCAUAAAGUCCCCCUAUUCUGUACUGGGAUCACGCUGGACGGGCUCAAGUGGCGAGGCUGUUCUCCUUCGAGACCUAACUCCGAUGCGCCUGCUGCAUCUGUGGGAAGCGGACAAGAUAGUGCAACAGCAGCGUCACCAACCAGAGAGGCGGCGGCCCGGGGAGGCCAGAGGCACUGAGAGCGGUGAUAAGGGCAGCAAAGACUCAGGUGAUCUGAGUGAGCUAAGAGGUGACAGUCAGCAUCCUUCAAAGAGUCAACCGGUUCUUUUCGUCAGUGCAGAUGUUACACCAAACGAGUCCGUGGCUAGUACAGUUACUCUCGGCGAGACUGGCGAGGUAACAUUCCGGAACCUACGUAUGGCUUUUCACGCCCUCCCAUCUAGGGGAUGA